AUGAGUCAAGUGGCACGUCGCCAUUAUAAUUCUGGUUACAAUGCGUCAAUACCAAGAAGACAUGAACAAGCAACGCUUGUUGAAUCGCCACCAGUGAAUUAUCUAUCACAAGCAAUUAUACCAACUAAUGGAAGCGACUAUCAUUUAAGAUCUAAUGAAUCAGAUGUACUCAUACCAUUAUCAAAUUGUAAAGUAUUUACCGGUGGUCGAGGAGGUGGUGGCGGGGGUUUUAAAAGUAGUGUAAAUCGUGGUGGCACAUUUUCUGGGAGUAACAGUGGUUAUGGAAAACCAAAUUACAUGAGUGGAGGAGGUAGUAAAUCAUCAGGUAUGAAAGCAGCCGCCAUGGGUGCAGCAGGAGGAGCGGUGGGUGCUAUAGCCGCUUACAGUAUAAUGAAUUCACUAUCUCAUUCUGGCAGAUAUCAUAGUGGCGCUUAUUCUCAGGGAUAUGGAACCGGAAAUACUUGUACAAAUAAUGAAGAUUAUAAUGGAACUAGAUUUGGAAUGUUUCAAUGUCCUCUCGAGGGAUUCACUCCUGAGGAUAAGUACUGUUGUGGCCCACCAGAUAAACAAUUUUGUUGCCCAGGAUCAAAUCGUGUUCCACGAGCAGCUAACUUAGGAUGGCUGUUAAUAAUUGUUCUUUUAAUAUGUUUAUUCUUGAUUUGGUCUCGAAAACGUCGCUUACGAAGACAAAAAAUGGUCAUGAUUCCCAUGGAAACAACAACAAAUGAACCACUUAAUCGACCCCAACAAGUUUAUCAACCACCGUAUCAAUCACCUUAUCAACCACCUUAUCAAUCACCUUAUCAACCGUCACAAAUGCCUUAUCCGACUCAACCGACUGGACCCAUGCCUCCUCCAACGGGAUAUCCACCUCAAGUGCCUUAUCCAGCUCAACAACCAUAUUCGUCUUUUCAAUAUAAAGAUGGUUUGCCAGCAUAUGACGAUGUCGUCCAUCAAAAUCAAAAUAAUCCUGUUAAAAACCCAUACUAA